CUCUCUUCUCUCCCUCCUCCUCUUCCUCCUCCUCUUCCUCUUCCUCUCAAUCCUCCAACAACCCCACCCAAUACAGCCGCUCCAACUUCAAAGUCCUCCCUUUUGUUGCCCUCUUCGCCCUGGGCACCGGUUCCUACGUCUUACUUGUGAAAUCCCGCACCGGCGUGCACAAACCCAAGCCCGGUUCCAACUAAUCUGAUCCCACAAAACAAACCAACCAACCAACCACUACCACAACCACCACCACCACCAAAAUGACCACUCAACCCCGCUUCUCCCCCACCGACAUCACCGUCGUCUUCAUCCUCGGCGGCCCCGGCAGCGGCAAAGGCACACAAUCCAGCAACCUUGUCCGCGACUACGGCUUCACCCACCUGAGCGCCGGCGACCUCCUGCGCGCCGAACAAGUCCGCGAAGGCAGCCAAUACGGCGACCUCAUCAAGACCUACAUCCGCGAAGGCAAGAUCGUGCCCAUGGAAAUCACCGUCGCGUUGCUGUCCAACGCCAUGGCGGACGCCUUGGCCUCCGGCAAGAAACAGCAAGAGGGUGGCCCCAAGCCCCGCUUCCUCAUUGAUGGGUUCCCGCGCAAACUCGACCAGGCCGUGUUCUUCGAGGAUACUGUGUGCCCGUCGGAGAUGACGCUGUUCUUGGAUUGUCCCGAGGAGGUAAUGGAGACACGGUUGUUGAAGCGGGGCGAGACGUCCGGUAGAGAUGAUGAUAAUGCUGAGAGUAUCCGGAAGAGGUUCCGUACGUUUGUGGAGACUAGUAUGCCUGUUGUCAAGGCAUUUGAGGAGCAGAAUAAGGUUGUUUCGGUGACGGCGACGGGAUCGGUUGAAGAGGUGUAUGAGCGCAUUCGCGAGGGAUUCAAGAGUAAGGGCAUUAAUCCUUUGUAAGGUUGGUUCUGGUUUUGAAAAUAUUAUAUCAUGUGUUUGUUGGGUGGUACAUAGAUGGAUAGAUGGUAGAUACGUGAGAGCCAUAUUGAUGAAUACAUUUACAUCGUGAUACUAGUGGCGUAUAUGCUCAUAUCAUAUGAGUAAACAACCCUCGCUGCAGUAUCCCCAAUGGUCUAUGUAUAGUGUAGUACUUGAUGCAUAUACAUAAAAAACUCAGUUACACACUCGGCAUAACUCGUAUCAUUGUCAGUCAGGUUUUUCCCCCCACCUUCUCAUGAUGAAAUGUGGAUAUAAACCUGUCUAGAAUCCAAUA